CCGUUUGGGAGCCAAAUGAUGCAGCACUUUUAUGUGACGGUUAAUGUCUGCCUAACCUCUAACCUCUGUGUGACCCCACUAGGUUUAGAGGGCGAUGUGGACCUUCAGUUCCUGCUGGUGGGGGGAAAGCUGAUGAAAGUAAAGUCUUCCUCUUGGAAAAAGGAGCGAAUGUACAAGCUGCAUGAUGACAAUGCGACCAUAUGGCAUGAGUCACAUAGGAUCUUCAAGAGAAAACAGACCUUCUCCAUUGAUGACGUAGAUUCUGUGCGUAUGGGCCGUCAGUCGGAGGGUCUUCAGAAGCACACAGAGGCCCACGUUGAGGACCGCUGUUUCUCCAUCUUCUUUAAGGGCCGCAGGAGGAACCUGGACCUGGUGGCGACCUCGGCAGAGGAGGCUAGGCAGUGGGUCAAUGGCCUGGAGAAGAUCAUCUCUAACAUGAAGAAACUCAACCGCCAGCAGACGAGCGAGCACUGGAUCUUCAACUGUAUGAGGAAAGCAGACAAGAACAAGGACAACAUGAUGACUCUGAAGGAGCUGAAACACUUCCUCCGCCAGAUCAACAUCGAGGUGGACGAGACCUACGCUAAAUUGCUGUUUACAAAAUGUGACACGUCAAACUCUGGCACCCUGGAGGGUUCUGAAAUCAAACACUUCUAUGACCUGUUGACUCACCGGGAGGAGAUCGAUGUGAUCUACGAGAAGCACGCCGCCACGGGGGGGCAGAUGAGCGCCCAGGACCUGCUCAACUUCCUGCUGAAUGAGCAGCGUGAGGUGGCCACCUUGGAGGACGCCUUAAGACUCAUAGAGAAAUACGAGCUGGAUGACUCAGCAAAGCAUAUGAAUCACAUGACCAAAGAUGGCUUCCUGAUGUACCUGCAACAGGAGGAGGGGUCUAUCUUCAACCCCGCCCACAAGAAGGUGUUCCAGGAUAUGAGCCAGCCAAUCAACCACUACUUUAUCAGCUCUUCCCACAACACCUACCUGAUGGAAGACCAGCUCAAAGGCCCCAGCAGCACAGAGGCCUACAUCAAGGCCCUGAUGAAGAGUUGUCGCUGUGUGGAGUUAGACUGCUGGGACGGGGCCCAUGGGGAGCCAGUCAUCUACCAUGGCCACACCCUCACCUCCAAGGUCCUGUUUAAAGAUGUCAUCAAGGCCAUCAAGGAGUAUGCCUUCAAGACAUCAGAGUACCCAGUGAUCCUGUCCCUGGAGAACCACUGUACACUGGAGCAGCAGAAACUGAUGGCCAAGCACAUGAUCUCCAUCCUGGGCAGCGCCCUGCUCACCUCCCCCCUGGAGGACCAGAUGCCCACUGCCUUCCCCUCACCCCAGGAGUUGAAGGGUCGGUUCAUCAUCAAGGGGAAACGUCUGAACAAGCUGGAUGCCGUCUUCAGCAAUACUAGUCCUGGAGUAGAGGAAGACUGUGUCUCCGAGGAGGACGAGGCUGCAGAGACCAACAACUCCAAGACAGACACUAACGGACAGAAGGCCAAAGCCAAGAAGUCAAAGAUCAAGCUAGCCAAGCAGCUGUCUGAUCUGGUGAUCUACUGUAAGAGUGUCCACUUCUCAGGGUUUGAGCACGCUAAAGACAACCAGGCCUUCUAUGAGAUGUCCUCCUUUAAAGAGAGCAAGGCUGUUAACCUGGCUGAGACUGCAGCUAAUGCCUUUAUCCACCACAACAUGACCAAGCUGAGCCGUAUCUACCCAGCUGGCUCCAGAACAGCCUCCUCCAACUACAACCCAGUUCCCCUGUGGAACGCAGGCUGUCAGAUAGUGGCGCUGAACUUCCAGACUCCAUCUAAGGAGAUGGACCUGAACCAGGGCAGGUUCCGAUCCAACGGGCUGAGUGGAUACAUCCUGAAGCCUGAAUUCCAGAGAUACGCUGGGUCAGAGUUCAAUCCUAUGACCCUAACCAAGGGACCCUGGAUCAAACACAAAGCCUUCCACAUCAUGGUGAUCUCAGCCCAGCAGCUGCCCAAGCUAAACAAGGACAAGCCUAAAUCCAUCGUGGACCCGCUGGUUAAAGUGGAGAUCUACGGUGUUCCAGAUGACACGUGCAGCAAGGAGACACGCUCCAUCGAGAACAACGGUUUUAACCCCAUGUGGAAUGAGACCUUCCAGUUUGACAUCCAGGUACCAGAGCUGGCCAUGUUGCGUUUCCUGGUUGAAGACUAUGACGCCACCUCACAGAACGAUCUGAUUGGACAUUACUGCCUGCCACUGACCAGUCUACAGAACGGUUACCGCCACGUCCCUCUGCUCACCAAGCGUGGUGAUGUCAUCCCCUCCGCCGGCCUGUUUGUUCACCUCAUGCUGCUGGACGCCAAAUAGAUCCCUCCCACUUCACGCUGACGCCUCCCACAUCACGCUGACCCCUCCCACUUCACACUGAUGCCUCCCACAUCACACUGACCCUCCCACAUCACGCUGACCCCUCCCACUUCACACUGACACCUCCCACUGCACACUGACGCCUCCCACAUCACGCUGACCCCUCCCACAUCACACUGACGCCUCCCAUAUCACGCUGACGCCUCCCACAUCACGCUGACCCCUCCCACAUCACGCUGACCCCUCCCACAUCACACUGACGCCUCCCACUUCACACUGACGCCUCCCACAUCACGCUGACCCCUCCCACAUCACGCUGACCCCUCCCACAUCACGCUGACGCCUCCCACAUCACGCUGAUCUCUCCCACUUCACACUGACGCCUCCCACAUCACGCUGACCCCUCCCACAUCACGCUGACCCCUCCCACAUCACGCUGACCAUACCACACAUGCCACUCCAACAUGAUACAAACCACUCACAUACCACACUGACCCUUCCCACAUUAUACUAACCCCUCCCACACCACACUGACCCCUCCCACAUCACGCUGACGCCUCCCACAUCAUACUGACCCCUCCCACAUCAUACUGACCCCUCCCACACCACGCUGACCCCUCCCACAUCAUACUGACAAUUCCCACAUCAUUGAGUUGUAACUGACAAGGUUUUUAAUAUGUCAAUAUUUAAUGUUUUAUCUACUUCUUUUAAGUUUGUUCCACCUGAGUAAGUCUGCCCACAAGUCAGAGACCACUGUGAUGACGCACCAAAAUGUGUUUGAUGGAUCGCUGGAAAAUAGGAUUCUGUAGACUACAGUCCAAACUGCUGUUUGUGUCGCACUGCUUUGCUUUAUCUUGGCCAGGUCGCAGUUGCAAAUGAGAACUUGUUAAAUAAAAAUAUAAAAAAAUAUAUAUAUAUAUAUGUUUUCCAAUGGUUUCUGUCGGUAUGCAAAUAUUAUCCAACUUGAAUAAACUCUUGGAGGUCAGGAUGACAGCAGUGGUGUCGUCUACGAUGAUACGGAUAUCACUUAUUAUUGAUAUCUACAUAUUGAUGUGAAUCACACUGCUGCUCUCUCAUUUAGCUAUUUACGCCUUACCUAUUGUGGUUGUUGGCUGUUCACAAUUCUAAAUGUGUAUUUGAACCCAAUAAUGGUUGAAUUCAAUACGUUUAAACUGCCUAUCAAUCAUUGUUUUUAAAACCAGUGGACAGCCAGUGAAAAAUGCGCUCUGGCAGCAGCUGCAUAGUGUGGAUCCCAGCCUAUGGAAUAAAAAUGGGGCUUUCAUUGCUCAUUCUAAUUCAUGCUGAUUAAUAACAAAUAAAAGAUCCAUAGGCCUAAUGGACACAUGAUCAAACUCAUUAUGACUGUUGUUACUGACUGUUCAUGUGAAACAUCAAGCCCUACAUGACCUACUGUGGUUCCUCUUAAUAUCAGCUGUGUAAUAUAUAACAGAGUAUAGUAGCUGUGGUUAAUAUCUUGCUGUUGUUUUUCAGUAAACUGCAUUUGCACAUGCUCUUGAAUAAAAUCAUAAUUUAGAAAA